CAUGUCGUUAAUGCAUAUGUACUGUAACGAAGUAAACAAGAAAGUAACAGAUAGAAUAGAAGAUACUAAAUUUAUGUGUGAUAAUAGAUGUUCGCGUACAUAAUGCUUUAUAAUGUCACGUUAUCAUCCGUUAGAAAUGUGUUAAAUUAAAUGCUUAUGAUCAAGCUUAUGACUUAACCUCAACGAUUGUUGCUAUUUAUUUCUGAGUAAGAUUAAUUGAUCGUAAACACCGUGCAGCGAACACAUUUCUCGCUGCUCGAUUAUGAAUCCUGAUAUUCAACAAAAGAUAAUCAAGUUCGAAACGUUUAUCAAUGAUGUGUUGAAAGAAGAUCUGGCCCAGUUAGAGCAGAAACUGGAUUCGAAGAAUGCAGAUGUUGCAGAGUUCCUCCAGUUAAAGACUAUGAUAAACACUCUUGAAAGUAAUGGCCUUGAUAAGAGUGGAUUUAAAACACAAGUAGAUAUUGGACAGAAUUUCUUUAUCGAAGCACAAGUUCCUGAUGCCUCUACCAUUCUGCUGGACGUUGGCUUGGGUCAUUACGUUGAAUUUUCCCUGAACGAUGCCUUAGCUGUUAUCAAUGUUAGAAUCAAACUAUUGGAAAAGCAGAUUGCAAAUCUUCGCAAGGAGAUAGCAAGGACAAACGCUCACAUCAAGCUGAUCCUCCUAGGCAUCAGGGAACUGGAAGGAUUCGACAAAGAUUGAUUGCCAAAUUUUUCAUAACUUUGCACACAACUUUAUCUGUACAUAUUUCUGUAUUAAACACUUGUACAUAUUAGAUAUAUAUAAAUAAAUAAUAGAUCACAUGAAA